UGUGACCGAGUGGGUGGGGCCGAAAGUCAAAAAAAAAGCGCGGUGAAGCCGGAGCUGGCAGGGUGGUGGUAAUCCCCGAGCGGGACUGUGGAGGGUCCCGAUGGACUCCACCGCCUGCUUCAAGUCUUUGCUCCUGACUAUCAGUCAGUAUAAAGCCGUUAAGUCCGAGGCGAACGCCACCCAGCUUUUGCGGCACUUGGAGGUAAUUUCCGGACAGAAACUCACCCGAUUAUUUACAUCAAAUCAGAUACUACCAAGUGAGUGCUUGAGUUGCCUUGUAGAACUACUUGAAGACCCAAACAUAAGUGUGCCUCUGAUCUUAAGUAUCGUCAGUUUACUGUCUCAACUAGCUGUAGACAAUGAAACCAGAGACUGUCUUCAGAAUACAUACAACCUGAAUAGUGUGCUGGCAGGAGUGGUUUGUCGGAGCAGUACUUGCCACAGUGAUUCGGUAUUUUUGCAGUGCCUUCAGCUUCUGCAGAGGCUAACAUAUAAUGUCAAAAUUUUCCAUUCUGGUGCAAAUAUAGAUGAAUUAAUUACAUUCCUGAUUGAUCAUAUUCAGUCUUCUGAAGAUGAGUUGACAAUGCCUUGUCUAGGAUUAUUGGCAAAUCUUUGUCGCCACAAUCUUUCUGUUCAAACGCACAUAAAGACUUUGAAUAAUGUGAAAUCUUUUUAUCGAACUCUUAUAAGCUUCUUGGCCCAUAGUAGUUUAACUGUGGUUGUGUUUGCACUUUCAAUAUUAUCCAGUUUGACAUUAAAUGAAGAGGUUGGGGAAAAGCUGUUUCAUGCUCGAAACAUUCAUCAGACUUUUCAACUAAUAUUUAAUAUUCUCAUAAAUGGUGAUGGCACGCUAACUAGAAAGUAUUCAGUUGAUCUACUGAUGGAUCUUCUUAAGAAUCCUAAAAUUGCUGAUUAUCUUACCAGGUAUGAGCACUUUUCUUCGUGUCUUAAUCAAGUAUUAGGUCUUCUUAAUGGAAAGGAUGCUGAUUCUUCUUCAAAGGUUUUAGAAUUACUUCUUGCCUUCUGUUCAGUGACUCAGCUGCGCCAUGUGCUCACACAGAUGAUAUUUGAACAGUCUCCAUCUGGCAACACCAUUUUGGGAAGUCGUUCUAAGUGCUUAGAACCUACUGUAGUUCUACUUCGUUGGUCAAGUCAACCUUUGGAUGGAUCAGAAGACUGUUCUAUUUUAGCACUGGAGUUGUUCAAGGAAAUAUUUGAGGAUAUCAUAGAUACUGCUAACUGUUCCUCAGCCGACCGUUUUGUGACCCUUCUGCUGCCUACAAUCCUCGAUCAGCUUCAAUUCACAGAACAGAAUCUAGAUGAGUCUUUAAUAAGAAAAAAAUGUGAAAGGAUGGUCAAGGCCAUUGAAGUUUUGUUAACUCUGUGUGGAGAUGAUACUCUAAAAAUGCAUAUUGCAAAAAUUCUGACUACUAUCAAAUGUACCACUCUGAUAGAACAACAGUUUACAUAUGGCAAGAUUGAUCUGGGGUUUGGAACAAAGGUAGCAGAUUCUGAGUUGUGCAAACUUGCUGCUGAUGUAAUUUUGAAAACCCUUAAUUUGAUGAACAAACUUAAACACUUGGUUCCUGGUAUGGAAGUAAGCUUCUACAAAAUCCUUCAGGAUCCUCGCCUGAUUACUCCUUUGGCUUUUGCUUUAACAUCAGAUAAUAGAGAACAAGUACAGUCUGGAUUGGGAAUAUUAUUGGAAGCUGCUCCACUGCCAGAUUUUCCGGCCUUAGUACUUGGAGAAAGUAUAGCAGCAAACAAUGCCUAUAGGCAACAGGAAACAGAACAUAUGCCCAGAAGAAUGCCUUUGCAAUCAUUAAAUCACAGUUUUCCAGCAUCAGUAAAAUGUUUAACUCCUCCAGUUUUGAAAGAUAGAGUUCCUGGAUUGAACAUUGAGGAAUUAAUAGAGAAACUUCAGUCUGGAGUUGUGGUAAAGGAUCAGAUUAAUGAUGUGAGAAUAUCUGACAUAAUGGAUGUGUAUGAGAUGAAAUUAUCCACAUUAGCCUCCAAAGAAAGCAGACUUCAAGAUCUCUUGGAAGCAAAAGCUCUAGCCCUUGCACAAGCUGAUAGACUGAUUGCUCAAUAUCGCUGUCAGAGAACUCAAGCUGAGACAGAGGCACGGACACUUGCUGGUAUGUUGAGAGAAGUUGAGAGAAAAAACGAAGAGCUUGGUGUGUUGCUGAAGUCACAGCAGGUUGAAUCAGAAAGAGCCCAGAGUGAUAUUGAGCAUCUGUUUCAACAUAAUAGGAAGUUAGAGUCUGUGGCUGAAGAACAUGAAGUACUGACAAAAUCCUACAUGGAACUUCUUCAGAGAAAUGAAACUGCUGAAAAGAAGAACAAAGAUUUACAGGUCACAUGUGAUUCUCUGAAUAAACAAAUUGAGACAGUGAAAAAGUUGAAUGAGUCACUCAAGCAACAAAAUGAAAAAACGCUUGCCCAAUUAAUAGAGAAAGAAGAACAGAGAAAAGAAGUACAGAACCAACUAGUAGACAGAGAGUGUAAGCUAACAAAAUUGGAACAAAAGGUAAAAGUACAAGAAGAAAAGAUUAAAGUCUUACAAAGAGAAAGGGAAGAUAAAGAAGAAACCAUUGGUGUCCUUAGAAAAGAAUUAAAUAGAACAGAACAAAUAAGAAAAGAAUUGAGCAUUAAGGCUUCCUCCUUAGAGGUUCAAAAGGCCCAAUUAGAAGGUCGUUUGGAAGAGAAGGAGUCCCUGGUGAAACUUCAGCAAGAGGAGUUGAAUAAACACUCUCAUAUGAUAGCCAUGAUCCACAGUUUAAGUGGUGGAAAAAUAAGUCCAGAAACUGUGAAUCUCAGUAUAUAGACAUUAUGUAUUUAUCUACUGGGAAAGUGGGGUAGGGAAGGUAAUUUGUGACUCCAGAAUAAGAAGAGAUUAUUGUCUAAUUAUUUAGUAAAGAACCUGAUCUGAUACAUGUUUUUACUUGGUCUUAAAGUUUUACUUUCUGUUUCUGGAUUUUAUUGCUUAAAGCUUUCUGUGGUCCCUACUUUAGAAUAUUCUUCUUAACCUCCAUUAUUGUUUUUACUAAGUUUUUUUUUUUCUUUUCCUUAGUUGCUUUCCACACUCUUUUCUGUUUGUUUAAUUUAUUUUCAUUUGUGAUUAGAUAUUUUAAAUCAGACAUCAGUAAACGUAUUUAUUUUUUUUCUGGAGUUCCCGCUGUAGCGAGAUGGGAUCAGUGGAUCUUUGCAGCACUAGGAUGCAGGUUCAACCUCCAUCCUGGCACAGUGGAUUAAAGGAUCCAGCAUUGCUGCAUAUACAGGAUAGGUUGUAACUGAGGCUUGGAUCUGAUCCCUGGCCUGGGAACUACAUAUGCUGAAGAAUGGCCAAAAAAAGAAAAAAGAAAAAAAAUUGUUUUUCCUUCUACUUUUAUUGAUAUGCAGUUGACAUACAGCACUGUUUAAGUUUAAGGUAUACAGCAUAAUGAUUUGACUUACAUGCAUUGAAAUGAGACCAUAGUAAGUUUAGUGAACAUACGUCAUCUCACAGAUACAACAUUAAAGAAAUAGAAAAAAAAAGGUUUUUUCCUUGCAAUAAGCACUUUGAGGAUUUACUCUUAACAACUUUCAUAUAUAAGGUAAAGAAAGCAGUGUUAAUUAUUUUUAUCAUGUUGUACAUUACAGUUCCAGUGCUUGUUUAUCUCUAACUGGAAAUGUGUUACCUUUUGGCCACCUUCAUCUGAUUCCCCUUAACCCCACUCAGUGAAAUAAAAUAACUUUAUUACUGCAUUUAAAAUGUAGUAAUAUACAUGGUAUAAGUUUAAUUUUUUUAGUGUAAUGACUAUUUACAGAAAUAAUGUAUAAAAAUUAGAAAAUUGCUGAUGUAUUAGGUGACUUCAUUUUCACAUAAAAUGUAGUAACUUAUAGAAUUAUUUAUAGAUAGCUUUAGUUUCACUUUUUAAAAUGUUGCAUGUGGCCCACCCAUGUCAUUUUCAGUUAUGAAUUUCUUAUGCUUUACAUACAGGUAACAUGGAUUCCACCUUUGCUGCAUAUUCAGAAAUUUAAAAUAGUUUAAUAAUUAGGCCAUUUAAUUUUAAAGCCUGACUUAAAAAUACCCUUAUUCAUGUAUUUCUUUAAUACAAGGAAAUUUUGUAGUACUCAAUUUGAAUUGAAUGUUCUAAGCAGUGUUUAGGAGGAAUUUUUAUAUUAAUGUUUUGGUUGAUUUGAUUGCUAUGCUAUUAUAGCCACUGAUUUUACUUGUUUCCUUCGCUGUAUCUCUGUUUAACUUAGGUGAACUUAGAUUUACUUCUACUUUUCAACAAUAGCAUAUAUGAACUUAUAUUUAGAAAAUAUAUUUUCACAAUUCACCAAUUACAUUAAAUAACAUCAAACUAAUAGUUUUAUAUAUUCACAUACAUUUUGUACAAUUUUGCAAAUUUUUAAGAAAGCAUUGUGUCAUGUAACACAUUUUAAAUUUCUACUUAUCCUACAAGGGGUACAUUCUGUUUCUCUUUUGAAACUGCAUGCAUUUUCAGUUUAAUAUGAAAAAAACUCAAAAUGGGAAGAUAUAACUGAAGAACAAAAAGCUGUAUAGGAUAAAACCCAAAAGAGUCUGUAAAAUAAAUACAUAAAAUGGACCAGAAACUUCUAGGGAAAAAUCAAACUAACUUGACAAUUUAAACAUCUCAAGAAACUGAGCCUUGAGAACUUUUGGGAAAGUGCUACCCAAUAGAAGUUUUUGUGGUGAUGGAAAUGUUCUGUAUCUGCAUGGUCCAGUACCAUAGCCUUUAGCUACAUGUGGCUGUUGAGUGCUUAAAGUGUGUCUAGUGCAAUGAAAUAAUUGAAUUUUUAAUUUUACAUAAAGGUAAUUAAUUUUAACUUUAAUUGCCAUCCUACUGAACAGUGCAGAUGUAGUCCAUUCUUAAAAGUAUGCAUUUAUUUAAACCACUCCAUUUGCCUAUUCUUAGAGACCUAUACGGGCGGAGACUCCAUCUAUUUUUCAGCUUUUUUUUUUUUAAAUACAACAGUUUUAACCUGUUAAUCUCUUCUCUCUGAAGAGGAAAAGCCAUUUUUCAGUUUCAAAGGUGAGUACUAAUUGUUAUCCUUCACUCCCCCCCCGCCCAGUCUUUCUGUCUCUUGUAGCAUCUUUUAUAUUGUUCCUAUUAUUUUCCUUAACCUUAGUAUAUAGGGCACUUUUUCUUUAUGCUUUUUGACUCUUUGCAAGUCAGAUUAAAAAGAAAAAGUGUGCAUGUGUAUAUGUGUGUAUUUUUUCUUUUUAAAAAAUUUUAUUCUAAGCAAGCUUGAGCCACUAUAGUAGUCAUAAUUUUCCUAAUGAUUUCUGUGUUUGUAUGCCCAUUUUCUAAUGGAGAAAAUGAAACUAAGUAAAUGCAUUGUUAUAUUAGAAUUAUUCAUAUUCUUUAAGAAUUUUGUUAUAAAGAGUUGGAGCUUAAGUGUGUAUUAACAUAGUUCCUUAUACCAUUUUCAUUUGCUACUUGAACAAAUAGACUUAAAAUUUGGCUGAUUGGAGUUUAUACUAAACUGUCGUCUGUUUAAUGUCAGGGCAAAAAAAAUACUCAUUAAAAUUUAAUGCUGUGUUUUGGAGAGAAAUUGUCAGAUUAGUACCUUUUAGUUUCAUUUUUAUAUGUUGUGAAGACUAUUUUUGUUAAGGAUAUAAUGGCAUUCUGUCUUGAGUUAGGACUGCUAGUUAAAUGAAAAUGUAACUGAGUUUCAACUUCUGCUUGAGGCUUAUUCAUGUACAAGUACUUCUAAUCAAGAUGUAUUCCCUAAAACAUAUAAUCUUAUUUUACUUUGCCUUUGUCCUUUCUUUAGUUCUGAAUGAUAUUUACAACUUUGCCUUUGACUUACCUAUUGUUGGAUAAAACACUUGUCCUGUUUGUGACCUAAUUCCUUUGCAGAUAUUUGCAGACAUUUUCUGUAAAGGGCCAAGUCAUCGUCGUAAAUGUUUUAGGCCUUGUCUGUCUUAAAACGACUCAACUCUGCAGUUGUAGCAGCCUGAAAGCAGCCAUCCACAGUACAUAAAUAGGCAUGUGUCUGUUCCCAUAAGAGUUUAUUUAUAAAAACAGUUAAAGCUUUGCUGUUGUUUGUAGUUAUAUCUUUCUAAUUAAUUUCAUCAUUAAGAAAAAUUGUCAUUGUCUUUAGUAAUUUUGUCUGGAUCUGUUUUAUAUUAAUAUAGCUACUCAAGCCUUUUUAUAUUUUCUGUUGGGCUAGUCUAUCUUUUUUUUUUUGUAAAUUUGCUUUUAACCUAUGUAUAUAUAAAAUGCAUCAUGAACCG